CUUUUAAAUAUUGCGGCUACUUCCGUCCUGUCUGAGCAGUGGAUGCGUCGUCUGCAGCGGUGAGGUCAACAUCUGUCCGACUGAAACCAUUCCAGGAUUUAUUCACAAACGAACCGCCUGAAGCAACCAGUUCUAGAGCCCGAGCUUGUUGUUCACCAGCUGACGGACGCGUCUUCCUGUCGGUGUUUGUCUCGUGCGUCACGCGCCUCUUGGUACCAGCUGCUGUGGCUCGUGUUCGGAGCAGGUGUCGGGCCUCCAGGCGGACGAUGAGCGGUUCUGUCUGGCUGACCGGGUUUGGGUUCGGAGCCCAGUGUAGUUGACUUCAGUAGAUUCCAGCUCCUGCGCUCUGGAACCAGUCAGACCUGCGCUGUGAUUGCGUCAGGUGGCUUCUGGAUGCAGGCUUCAGCCACAGACUGAGUCCAGAACCUCUGACCCGGCUCCUGAAGGCCGACGUGGGCGAUGGACAGCCGCGGCAGCAGCGUGUCCGAGUCGUGGCUGGCGGGUCGAGGGAGGGGCUCCGUCAACACGGCGUCCAACUCCCUGAGGGGCGACUCGUACGAAGCGGGGCAGAAGAAGUGCAUCUCUGACGUGAGGAGGACCUUCUGCCUCUUCGUCACCUUCGACCUCUUAUUCAUCACCCUGCUCUGGAUCAUAGAGCUCAAUGUGAACGGGGGCAUUCAGAAGCAGCUGCAGCAGGAGGUCCUGCACUACGACUACCACGCGUCCUUCUUCGACAUCUUCCUCCUGGCCGUCUUCAGGUUCGCCGCUCUCAUCCUGGCCUACGCCGUCUGCAGGCUGCGCCACUGGUGGGCCAUCGCGGUCACCACUGCGGUCUGCUGCGCCUUCCUCAUCGUCAAGGUGAUCCUGUCCAAGCUGCUCAGCCAGGGCGCCUUCGGAUACCUGCUGCCCAUCAUCUCCUUCGUGCUGGCCUGGAUCGAAACAUGGCUGCUCGACUUCAAAGUUCUGCCUCAGGAGGCCGAGGAAGAAAACCGGUAUCGGCCGCUCGGGGAGGCUGUGCAGAGACCUCCCCUCCUGCACCCGGGUCCAGUGUCUGAGGGUCAGUUCUACUCCCCUCCAGAGUCGUUGGCAGACUCUGACGAGGAUCUGGACGAUAAACAGGACCCAGAAAAAGGCCUCCUUCCUCGUCUGGCCUGACAGGUCGUCCCCCCUCUUCCACGGCCGCCAUCUUGGUUUUACCCGUCUUUCAGGGCUUUCCUGAGAUCAGCCUCCUGCUGCAUGUACAGUUUUUGUUUAAACGCCUGUGUAAGUGAAUGACUUUGCUUUGCCGCAUUAAAGAACCUGGACUUUAAGGAGAACUCCGUUUGUACAGGAACCUGCACAUCGCUCCAAUAAAAAUAAAUGCUUUUCUACACACUCAAA